UCUCUUCAGGCUAUAUGCUGUAUUAAUUAUCUGGCUCUCAAUAAUGAAUAUGAACGGCUGCUAUCCAAUUGUUGCAUCUAUGAUGAAGUCAUGUUUAAGAGAUGGCAUCACAGAAAAGAAGGCUUAUAACUCAAAUGUAACAGAAAAUGGUUUGUAUGUAAAAGUCCCAGAUUUAAUCCUUGGCAUCUCCUGGAGAUACAGGGAAAGGCUCCUUUAUCUGAAGGCUAAGCUAGAAAUUAUAUCGAUUGCUAUUUUUAUACACAUGUUGGAAAAAUGUCAGUGGCAUAUUGACAUGUACAUGAAAAAAUUCAGGAUCAGAGCAAAGGAUGUUCCUCUCAGGUCAACCAGGCAGAUAUCAUGGAAAAGGAAUAAUUCCCUUUAUAUGAAUUGCCAGCUGCCCAGGAAAUCUGAUUGCCUCCUCCUGCUGCUGCUGAAUGGCUGCCUAGCCAAGAUGGAUGGAUCUGAAGAACUAGCUUUGUUCAAUUCCUUUCUGGAGAAUUCUGAUAUUAAAAGAUCCUUUCGAAAUGGAGUUGGAUCAGGAAUUAAAAAAAUAUCCUUUCGUAGAGCCAAGUCAUAA